AGAUGCAUUUUCAGAAGCCGGGACUCCAGUGAUAUGAUUGUGCUAUCUACACCACCUAAUAACUGUUCUUGGUAUGGAUAUGGAAUAAGUCCAUUAAGUUUCUCAGGACAGAAUCAUCUUUGCGGAUGCAAUUGCCAAAUAAUAAGCAGACUCAGAGAGAAUUUUAGCCCCCCAUCCCCCCAAAAAUCUCAUUGGCCUUCUGCACAAUCCAAGCCACAAUCACUCCUACAACACAACCUAUCCCUUUCAGCACUCGCAGCCGUGGACAGCUCCCUCGCAGCGCGGUUCAUUCCUCUGCAGUGAGCUGACUCGUUCUCCGCCUGCAUCGGUCGGUGCGGCACCCGACACCAAGUCCUCGCCAGCGCUCACAAAACACGCGCUCCCUCCCUCCUCCCUCUCGGCGCCCCCGCCCCCGGCUCACCCCGGCUCACUGCAGCAGCGACUUUAAGGGAUUCCCUCUCAGACGGCCUCUGCAGCAGCACAUCUGGCCUCAUUCGCUGCAAGGCAAGCAUGGAUCUCCGAGGAAGAGCCGUUUUCAGCUUGAAUAGACUUCGAGUUCUCCUAAUGCUGUUUCAUACAAUGGCUCGAAUCAUGGCAGAACAAGAAGUGGAAAAUCUUUCUGGCCUUUCCACUAACCCUGAAAAAGAUAUAUUUGUGGUGCGGGAAAAUGGGACGACAUGUCUCAUGGCAGAGUUUGCAGCCAAAUUUAUUGUCCCUUAUGAUGUGUGGGCCAGCAAUUAUGUCGAUGAAAGUCACAACACCUCCAAGGGACCCGAGGCGACGUGGAGGCUGAGCAAGGUCCAGUUUAUCUACGACUCCUCGGAGAAGACCCAUUUUAAAGACGCAGUCAGAGCCGGGAAGCAUACAGCCAACUCUCAUCACCUCUCUGCCUUGGUCACCCCAGCCGGAAUGUCCUAUGAGUGUCAAGCUCAGCAGAGCAUUUCACUUGCCUCCAGUGAUCCGCAGAAGACAGUCACCAUGAUCCUGUCUGCAGUCCACAUCCAGCCCUUUGACAUCAUCUCUGAUUUUGUCUUCAGUGAAGAGCAUAAAUGCCCAGUGGAUGAGCGGGAGCAGUUGGAGGAGACCUUGCCCCUGAUUUUGGGGCUCAUCUUGGGUCUCGUCAUUGUGGUAACGCUGGCGAUUUACCACAUCCACCACAAAAUGACUGCCAACCAGGUGCAGAUCCCUAGGGACCGGUCUCAAUAUAAGCACAUGGGCUAGGGGCCCUUAGGCAGGCAGCCCCCAAGCCCCUCUUCCCCACCUGGAUCAGGUAAAGAAACAAAAGCACUUUCCCACCUGUACAUGGGAUAUACCAACAUAGCUACAAUCCAGCAGUCCUGGGUAUCCAAGGCUUGCUUGGCCAGCAUCCAUGCUUAAACCCAGGGAUGGAGGGACUUUUUGGAUUUUGGGGGGUGAAUGGCAGUUGUUCUCUCUGUGCUGGGAAUGGGAAUAGAGGGGGCCAGCCAGCUUUUCUGCUCCUGUUGGCUUGGCUUUGACUCUCGAAGUAGCAACACAUACAACUCAGAGGGGUAUCUGGCCCCAAAUCGUACAUAUUGGAAAGACACUCC